AUGGGUCAAAACCAGUCGGGUAUGGGAGGUGGCCACGAUGGCAAGGAUGACAAGGACAAGAAGAAGGAGAAGCACAAGCACGAACCUCCCCCGAGACCUACCACCCGCAUCGGUCGCAAGAAGAAGAGAGCCGGUGGUGCCAGUGCCGCCGCCAAGUUACCGCCCGUCUACCCGACCAGUCGAUGCAAGCUCAGGCUGUUGCGCAUGCAGCGUGUUCACGACCACCUGUUGCUCGAGGAGGAAUAUGUCGAGAACCAAGAGCGCUUGCGCAAGGCGAAAGCCGCCAAGGACAAUGCCGUUCCAGCUGCCUCGGAAGCCGAGGCUGCGGAUCGCAAUGCCGAUGAACGUGGCCGUGUUGACGACAUGCGUGGUAGCCCAAUGGGAGUCGGAACCCUUGAAGAGAUGAUUGACGACGACCACGCCAUUGUCAGCAGCACGACUGGACCAGAGUAUUAUGUAAGCAUCAUGAGUUUUGUUGACAAGGAUCUAUUGGAGCCCGGCGCCAGUGUCUUGCUUCACCAUAAGACUGUGAGCAUCGUUGGUGUUCUCACAGAUGACGCGGAUCCCAUAGUCAGCGUCAUGAAGCUCGACAAGGCGCCUACGGAGUCGUACGCGGAUAUCGGUGGUUUGGAGCAGCAAAUCCAGGAGGUGCGGGAAUCUGUAGAGUUGCCACUGCUCCAUCCGGAGCUGUACGAGGAGAUGGGUAUCAAGCCUCCCAAGGGUGUCAUUCUCUACGGUGCCCCCGGUACCGGAAAGACGUUACUGGCGAAGGCGGUUGCAAACCAGACUUCGGCCACUUUCCUGCGUAUUGUUGGUAGCGAGUUGAUUCAGAAGUAUCUCGGUGACGGCCCCCGGUUGGUUCGCCAACUGUUCCAGGUUGCUGCCGAGAAUGCCCCGUCAAUCGUCUUCAUCGAUGAAAUCGAUGCUAUCGGUACCAAGCGUUACGAUUCGACAUCAGGUGGUGAGCGUGAAGUCCAAAGAACUAUGCUGGAGCUUCUCAACCAGCUUGAUGGUUUCGAUGACCGCGGUGACGUCAAGGUGAUCAUGGCCACCAACAAGAUCGAGUCUCUUGAUCCCGCUCUGAUCCGACCCGGACGUAUCGACCGAAAGAUCCUCUUUGAGAAUCCCGACCAGAACACCAAGCGCAAGAUCUUUACACUCCACACUAGCAAGAUGUCACUUAAUGAGGACGUCGAUCUUGAGGAGUUUAUCGCGCAGAAGGAUGAUCUGUCAGGUGCCGACAUCAAGGCUAUUUGCUCAGAGGCUGGUCUGAUGGCUCUUCGGGAGCGCAGAAUGCGGGUACAGAUGGCCGACUUCCGCGCCGCUCGCGAGAGAGUGUUGCGGACGAAGCAGGAGGGUGAGCCCGAGGGGUUGUACUUGUAG